AUGGCUCCGAAUGUGGGUUUAGAACACGCGAUGCAGAAUGACACAUUCUCCUGCGGAAUUGUAACGGCGAAUACCGUCGCACACGGUGCACUCGGAGAUGAGCUAUGGGAGCCGAAGAAACGUUCGAGUGCCCGUGCAAUGUGGUUUAUUACCUUGGCAAAAGAGUACUUGAACAAUCAUCAGCUCACCAACAUGAACGAAGACGUGCCGAUGGAUGAAGAUGACUUACCAGAUAUUGUGCUCGAAAGUUCGAUCCAAGCUGAAAAGUUGCCAAAAAAUGUUGAGCAGCAGUCCUCGAUGCCUGACACCCAUAUAUCUGUUCCCGCACUACAAUCUCAUGAGCCGACGGCCUCCAGUAAAGUCCUUGCUGCUGAGAGCACUGAUACAAGGGUACACAACGCCGUAGAGGCAUAUUUGUCACGAGGAAGUCUGCUGAGUUGGUUGAAGCAAGUGCCGACGGUUGGGGACAAGCGACCACUUUCAAAGGCAGACUUGGGAUCAAAAGAUAGAAGUGGAGGGAAGGUGGCGAAGAAGGCAAAGGUCGUGAAACUACAAUCGGGUCCAGCAGUGGGGAUAAGUCGAUCUGCAACAGCUUCGCGUGACCUGCGUAUGGCUGCCAGGAGUGGCACCUCUGAGCCUUGUCCCAGGAAAAAGGCAACGUGGAAAACCAAGAUUCUCGAGCUUGACAAGGAUGCCAUAGCAGACGAUGAUUGCCAAACAGAAUGCCAAGCAGAAUGUGUUAUCUCUUACGAAAUUGCAAGUCCGGCUCCUGGAUUAAGCACCAUCAAGAUCUCAAUUCCUGUUCUCUAUGGCCAGGCUAGAGUCAACAUUCAGGACCCAAAGCACGGCUUGAAGACAUUCCCUCAGUACUCUCGCAUCCGAGCCAUGGCAUUCGAAGACGGCACUCCAUUAUACCAUCGGGACGUUGAAAAGCUCGAUCGUCAGGAUGACAACGCAGCUGCAAGCCUGUUUUCAUCAGCAACCUUAAAAUUUCUCAUUGACCAUCAUCCUGACGAUGUUGGAGAGAUUGUUUGUCUUUUUGUUCAUGGAGAGAUCGUUGACGCAUAUCAAAACCGAGCUAUUCCUCACCGGCAACGCAUCAAAAUGGUUCUUCGCGCACGCUACUUCUACGAUGGCUGGCGUACAUAUCUGGAGAGGGUUGUCUACAAAGAAACUCAAUAUUUCAUGUCGCGCAAGUCAAUUGACAUCACAGCGAGGCUAAUCGAUGGUCUGGUUGGGUUGAUUGUGGUCUAUCGUGACCAUAUAUCUGGUGAUCACCCUCUUCUCCCAUGGCUACACACAAGCGAACCUUGCGAGCACUGUUUUGCUAAUCUCCGCAAGAUCGUCAAGGAUUUUACGAUGCUGGAUGCCUAUUACACUGUUACGAAGCUUCAUGCUAAACUGCAACAGGAGGUUCUGCGACAACAGUCACCUGACUUUAAAGCUCGUGCCCAAGGGUACACGAUAACAUAUUUUUACGAUCGUGGUGUUAACAUCCCAGAGCUCUCAAACUUCACUGGAAGCAGCAACGAGUCGCAAUGUCUACUGGUGUUGUGUGGUCUUAGUCCGGCACUCCUCGCCCAAACUCAGCAGACCGUGUUGCCAGGAAUCGAGCAUUUCCACACCAAGCUGGGGGCUGACAAGGAUAUGGGGGUGGAUCUCGACUUUGGCAGUGACGAGGAUGGAGACGUGGAUGAAGGGGAUGAGGCAGAAGAACUCGAGACACUUGUCAGGCUAGCUGAGGACACCGAUGGAGACUCUCGUCGAACCGAAAGACAAAAGGAUGAACUUCUCCGACUAACGCGUCAAUUCACUGAUGAUGAAGAUGCGGACUACACUGAAACUGAUCUACGUGCGCGCGAAUUUGACCAAAUCGAGAGCUGGUUGAAAAUCCCAGCCAUCUGUGGGCUGCCCGACGAGUUGAGCAAACCACCUGGAAUGGGCUCUUUGCCAAUGCAAUCUCUAGAUCUUGCCGGUCUGCUCAAGAUUCGGAUGGAUCACGAAACCGAGCAUGCCAAGAAGGGAAUUCGAACUGGACGUGAUCAGCUUGCUCCCGCAGAGUCGAUUUCAGAGUGUCGUCGCCUUAUUCGGGAGUUUCAGGCUGUCCUCAAAGAACAGCAAAACCAUGCAACUGGAUCGGGCCUUGAACGUGCUGCUCGCUGGACGGGAAGUACUGGACAACUCCCAGAGACAGGGAAUGUGACAAACGCAGCUCUCGCGGCAAAGGAAGUAGUAAAGAAGGCUAUCAUUCGCAGGAAGAACAUUUUCAAAACGGCAAAAUUGCCACUCCUCGGGUCUCUCGAUGAUGCGCGUAUAUCCACACUCCGUCCCCUCAAAGUUGAUGACUUUGCGAUUGUAUACACGGAGUGGGGCCUUCGCAUCAGCCGAGACGCAAUCGCUGGUGUCUCGUACCUUGGCGUCCAAAUCUACCAGCAACAUUUUCAUCGUCAUUUUCGUUCCAUUCCUGAUGCAACCGCCAUGUUCCAAUGCAACCACUGUGCCUUCCUUCCUUCUACUGCCUUUCUCUGUCUACUUUCAUCUAAGCCCAACCUAACGCACUCGGUACUCGAACUUGCACCUGCAGACCUCACGGACUUCGAUAUCCUAUCAACUGCUUUGCCUCAGUUGGCGGAAGCUGCCAAAUUGUUCCGCAAGAGGACUUCGAGGAAUGGGGCCACACAGAGGGAUGAAGAAGGCGAUUUUUGA